GUUUUGCUUCAGGUCGUUGCUGAUCACAAGAAGAUCUUUUGGGACGUUUGUGUGAAAGCUCCAGGUGGAGAAGACGACUCUUCUCAUUUCAGAGAUAGUCUUCUCUAUAAGAGGCUUACUUCAGGAGACAUUGUUUGGGAGAAAGUGAUCAAUAUUAGAGGUCAUCAUGUGAGACCAUACAUUGUUGGAGAUUGGUGUUACCCUCUUCUCUCAUUCCUGAUGACUCCCUUUUCACCAAAUGGCUCUGGUUCGCCGCCGGAGAAUCUAUUCGACGGAAUGUUGAUGAAAGGAAGGUCAGUUGUGGUGGAAGCUAUUGGAUUGCUCAAGGCUAGAUGGAAGAUUCUUCAAAGUUUGAAUGUUGGAGUGAACCAUGCUCCUCAGACUAUUGUGGCUUGUUGUGUGUUGCAUAAUCUUUGUCAGAUUGCUAGAGAACCUGAGCCGGAGAUUUGGAAGGAUCCGGAUGAAGCUGGAACGCCUGCAAGAGUAUUGGAGAGUGAGAGGCAGUUUUACUACUACGGGGAGAGUUUGAGGCAAGCAUUGGCAGAAGAUUUGCACCAGAGACUCUCUUCGAGGUAAAGACAUGAGAACAGAUCUUGGUCAACAAUUGGAACUUUCUAUCUUUGUUAUCAUGUAAGAAGCAGGUGCUUUCAAGUGUUUAGAUAGCAGCCAUUGUAGAUUCAAUCCUCUUGAAAAGAAAGUUUGAGGAUUCAGAAAAUGUUAAAAAGCUGACUUUGUUGCUUAGCCAUCCCAACUGUCAGUUUUGUAACUUAGGAAUGGGUUUAUGGUUUGUUCUGUAACACAUUGAGAAUUAAAUGUAUGACUUCUAUUGAUAUGGAUUAUGGAAUCUUGGGAAGUAA